AUGAAAUUGAAAUUUGAGGCACCGCGGAAAAACGAGUUGCUUGCCCUGGACAAAUACAGCGUUAAUGGUAAAGAUGAAUCAAUUAUAGUAAGAAAUGAGUAUCCAAGCUUCCCUGUCCCUUGUUUUGAUGCUGAGGAUGUUGAUUUGAAACAGGCCAAAGAGCUUAUGCGAGAAAGGGCUGUUCUGAUUGCCAAGUCCAUAGAAAAUGACAUAAUCAUCCCAGACCCUGCUCCAGAGUGGGUGUCUGAUACCUUCUUGGAGAAAUAUGACGAAUUGGAGCCCAUCCUUGUAAAGGAUAGUGUCUGGUGCUUCCUCCGAUUAUUCGUGAACUGUGCAGGCAAGGGCAUGUCAUGGGAUCUUACCAUCACCGCACAAACCUUAACCUUCAUUGUCUGUUUCAAUGCCCUGCAAUGUGCAAAAGUUCUAUUGGAGGGCAUGGCACCUGAGCUCUAUGGGAUGCACGCCAAUCCCAACUGCAUUAACCAAUAUGGAUACUUCGCGCUCCAUGAAUCUGCUGAAAGGUUCUCUGUUGACAUGAUUAAGCUGCUUUUACGCCAUGGUGCAUCAGCCAAUGUGCGCACAGUUGGCAAUAAUAUCAUUGAGAAUCUACUUCUGCUCCAUGUCGCAGUUGAGAAUACUUGCCUGCAUAAGUAUCUGGAGGACAACCUGGAGGACAAUCUUUCUCGCAGCCAUAAUCCACUGGAUUAUAUCUACAAGCUUAUCCAUCUGCUGUGUCUACCUGAAAUGGUCUGUUUCACUUACCUCCCUAUGUGAGUUAGUACUACUUUUGCAGCAUGACAUAAAGAGUAACUGUGGUCAUAUUAUAGACCCCUGAUAGCCGUUAUAAUGAAAUUAUUGAUACUAAAUACCGGGCAUCCUUUCAUCUCAACUUGUCACAGAAAGUAAAGUUUUCGCUUGUUAAUCCUUUUUGUCUUACUUCAUGUGUUAGUGCAUGCUCUUAUAGGAAAGGAUAAGGGGUCAUCAAUAAAAUAUAGACAGACUGUUGCUAGUAAUUAAUUUUAUUUUCUUUGUCUUGGAGAUUGUCCCUAAUCCAUAUUUACUUUGAUAGGAGGAAACACAGCGAAACACAGCAAUACAUAGAAAGAUUAUUCAACAUUACUUGCUUGCAUAUGAAUGCUAAAUGCACUUAGAUUUUUGUUCCUUCUUGUUUUACAGAAGAUCUUCUUGGAUACAACUAGACUGCUUGCAGAAAAAACAAAUAAUUUACUUCAAGAGCUCUGGAACUACAUUGAGGAUGGAAAACUUAUCCAGUCUGCAGUUCUACUACCAGCUGCUCAAGAGCAGAUCCGUCGGGGCAGUUCUCCGAAGAUAAAUGACAGUAGUAAAAAAAAAUGGGUUUGACAUUAUCAAUAACUGUAUAGUGAGGCUUUCAUAUGCCUUGAGAUUGGAGAAAGGUUCACAUGGAAUGACACAUGAGCUUCUGGAGGAAAGGAAGACACUUUUUGAUUAUACAUGGCUGCUUGUUGAUGUAAUUUCCCAUGUCGGUGAAGAUCUUUCUGCAUACAUUCAAGCGCAUUCUGAGGUAAGCGUUUUUGGUAUAUUGUGGCUGCGGUGCCUCAGAUGCUUUUUACUUAAUAUUUGUAUUUUUACUAUUGUUAGUGCUGUUGUUUUAAAAAAAGGACCUCGAUAAAUCCCGAAUGUUCAGAUUUUAAGCAUGUCAUCCUGAACAUUUUUUUCAUGGCAACUUUAGUUGACGCGAUGUGACAACUUUAGUUGUUAAAACAUGGCAACUUUGUCCCAGUUCAUUUUUUUAUCAGAAAAAAUUGCCAUGUUUGCCAACCUCGUGUGAACUAAAGUUGCCAUGAAAAACAUUCGGAUUGCCAUGCUUAAAAUCCGUACGUCCGGAAUUUACCAUUUCCGUAAAAAAAUACAUGCCCUAAUCUUAGCAAGAAGAAUGUUAAUAAUUCUCACCUCAACUGAUAAUAAUAAUAUGUUAUAAUUACUCCGUCUGGGUUUACUGGGCCUGGGGCCAAAAUGCUAGGACCAAAUUUCUGGCACUCCGCAUCCGAUUAAAGCGCAUGGAUGUUUUGCCUCCCGUCAUUAACGGCAGCGGUUAAUGCAAGAGUUGACAUGCUGCUCCUGAACGUACAUGCUGCGCAUGCAUUGGCUCCUGAACGUACAUGUUGCUCCUGAACGAGUUAAUUGCUUAAAACCUUGUGGCUAGGGUACUUCAAAACUACCGCUUUUGUUAAAAAUCACAAAAAACCAUCAACUCUGUGGCAAGUAAGUAACAAAUCGCACUGAUUCGAAAUUGAGUGUGUCCAAAAAAACUGACGGGUGGGACCCGUCUGUCCUGGCUGAUGUGGCGCCUACCUCCCCUCCUCCGGCGUCCUGUGUUCGUCGUCGCCGGUGGCGCCACACCCCUGCCUCCCCCGCGCCUCACCGGAGCCGCGACCUACAUCCCCAACGCCCCUACCUUCCCGCUUCUCCUGGAUCUGGCGGGAGCCCAGCGCCACCACUCCGAGACGGGGUCACGGGGAGCCGCGCUCGUCAUCGGGCCCGAGCAAGGAAGCGGGGCGAGCUCCUCCUGGCCUCGACGCCGGCAGAGGGAGCUACGGGCCCAACCCCGCUCCGACAGCCACCACCGCUAUCCACGCGCCGCCGUCCUUCGUCGCCGAUGGCACCACGCCCUGCCUCCCCUGCUUCUCCCGGAUCCGGCGGCAGCCCAGCACCGGCACGCUGAGGCCGGGCGAGCUCCUCCUGGCCUCGACGCCCCGCCCUGCUACUGCAGCCACAGCCGCUGGCCACGGCCAGAGGCGAGCUCCUCCCCCUCAUGCCACAGACAACCUCUCCUCUCCCCGUCUUCCUCGCGAGCGCCGAGCUCAGACGCACGAGAGCCACGGUAGCCAGAGGCGGGGAAGGUGUGCUGCUCGCCGUGGCAACACUGGUGGCGGCAGCGCACCGGAAAGCCCAAGGCACAUCGGCUCUUCUCCGCGAGGGCGUGCUAGUGAGAGGGGCGUCCUGGUGAGAGGGGACCGGCUCGCCGCGCACAGAGGAGGGGGCGGAGCUUGUCGGGGUAGGGCGGACGGAGGGGCAGCAUCGCCGGAGAAGAGCCGGACAGACGGAGUAGGUGGUGUGCGUGCACGCGAGAUGCUCGACGAAAUGCUAGAGACCGACGAGAGAGAGACAGAGCGCGUGAUAGACUAGUCACUUGUCCACGUGUUUAUUCUUUGCCAAGUCAGCCUGACAGGUGGGCCAGAAAUGUCAGAUUUCCACUUAGUUGCUGCUAGCAGCUCGUUUAGUGCAUUUUGUUAUUCACUUGCCACAGAGUUGGUGGUUUUUUGUGAUUUUUGGCAAAAGCGAUAGUUUUGAAGUACCCUAGCCAUAAAUGUGGUGGUUUUGAGCAAUUAACUCCUCCUGAACGUACAUGCUGCGCAUGCAUUGGCUGCAUGCUCCUGA